GAAAUAUUAUAAUUCAAAACCUAACAAUAUCUUAUUUAUUCAAAACAAUAUUAAAUACACUAAAAAAAAUGUAAAGGAAAUAGUAAUUCGAAAGUGAUUUCAAUAAUUUCUAAGAAGCCAGCAAAACUUCACUUGAUUAAAUGUUUAAACAAUAAGACCUCAAUGAAAAACAUAAGGAAACCUGUCUCAGAAAUGCUAAGACUUUUGAAUUAUUUGCUACUUGUAUAAUUUCUAAAUUAAUGUAGGCAUGGAAAGACAUGAAGGUAAAAUAGACAAUAUUGCUAAAUAUCUCUCUAUGAAGAUGUUAUUUAUCGAAAAAUCAGCAUUAGAAUGCUAUAAAGGAAAUACAAAUGAUAGAGAAUUCGAAAGAUGCCAUCAAAGAAUUGAAUAGCAACUUCACGAUGUCUACAGUGAAUACUACUAAGGCUUACUACACCUUUGACUUCAUUUA